UUUUUUUUUUUUUUUCCUCCCUCUCUCGCUCUCUCUCCACUCAUACUCCCCCCACCCCCCCACCCCUCCUCCUCUUUAUCCAAAUGGAGAGAGUUCUUUUUUUCUUCUUCAUCUCAUCUCUGGAGCCGAGGGGCUGCAGCUCGGUGCUGCCGCGCACACACCGGGGGAGAGCGCCAGGCAGCCGCCCGCCCGCCGCCGCGGCGGGGCCAACCGCGGAUCCCCGCCGGCCCCGCGGCCCGCGGGAAGCACCCCGGCGCUGAAGCAGGAUGGUGCAGCGCGGCGAGGCAGCCCAGCAGCAGCAGGAGCAGCCGCGGCCCGCCGCGCCGCCGCCCCGCCGCCGUCGCUGAGCGCCGCCGCGGACAGCGGCUUCCCGGAGGCAGCGGCGGCCGGCCGGAGCAGGCGAUUUCAACGGGAGCGGAGGACAGCGCGGCGGCGGCCGGGGGAUCCCGGGGGUCGCGCCCGCCCGUCCGCCCGCCCUCGCGGGGCGCGGGGAGCGGCCGGCUGCAGCUCGGGGUCCGCGCGCGAUGUGGCAAUGGGAGGCGCGGGGAGCGACUCGGCCGGAGCGGCCGCGGCGGCAGCCGCCGCCCCGCGCCCCGCGUGAGGCGGCCGCGCCGCAGCAGCCCCAGCAGCAGCCCCAGCCCCGGCGGCGGCGGCGGCAGCAGCGGCGGCAGCAGCCCCCGCAGCAGCAGCAUCAGCCCGCGGCCCGCAGCGCCGCCAGCCCCCCGCGGCCCCGCCGCGCCCCCGGGGCCCCGGGCCCCGCCGCGGCAGCGCCAGCGGCAGCUCUCCCGUCCCGCCGGCGGCGGCAACAUGGCCUCGGCCGGUAACGCGUCGGAGCCGGAGACCAGCAGCAGCGCGGGCGGCGGAGGCCACCCCGGCCGGGCGGCGAGGAACGGCGGCGGGAGGCGGCGAAGGACUGGAGGGAAUCGGCGCGCCGCGGCGCCCGACCGGGAGUAUCUGCAGCGGCCAAGCUACUGCGAUGCGGCUUUCGCCUUGGAGCAGAUUUCAAAGGGCAAGGCGACGGGACGGAAAGCGCCGCUGUGGCUGCGAGCAAAGUUUCAGAGACUGUUGUUUAAACUGGGCUGUUACAUUCAGAAAAACUGCGGGAAGUUUUUGGUUGUCGGCCUCCUGAUAUUUGGGGCUUUCGCUGUAGGAUUAAGGGCAGCUAAUCUCGAGACCAACGUGGAGGAGCUGUGGGUGGAAGUUGGUGGACGAGUGAGUCGGGAGUUAAAUUACACGCGGCAGAAGAUUGGAGAAGAGGCCAUGUUCAACCCCCAGCUCAUGAUCCAGACUCCACAGGAAGAUGGUGCUAAUGUACUAACAACAGAAGCACUCCGGCAGCACCUUGAGUCUGCACUUCAGGCCAGCAGAGUACAUGUCUAUAUGUACAACAGACAGUGGAAAUUGGAACAUUUGUGUUACAAAUCAGGAGAACUCAUCACAGAAGCAGGUUACAUGGACCAGAUCAUAGAAUAUCUUUAUCCUUGCUUAAUUAUCACUCCUUUGGACUGCUUCUGGGAGGGAGCAAAGCUACAGUCAGGAACUGCCUAUCUAUUAGGGAAGCCUCCUUUGCAGUGGAUCAACUUUGACCCCUUAGAAUUCUUGGAAGAGUUAAAGAAAAUAAACUACCAAGUGGAGAGCUGGGAAGAAAUGCUGAAUAAAGCAGAGGUUGGUCAUGGUUAUAUGGAUCGACCCUGCCUGAAUCCUGCUGAUCCCGAUUGCCCAAUCACAGCUCCCAAUAAAAAUUCCACCAAACCUCUUGAUGUAGCCCUUGUUUUGAGUGGUGGAUGCUAUGGACUAUCAAGAAAAUACAUGCAUUGGCAGGAGGAACUGAUUAUAGGUGGUACAGUCAAGAACAGUUCUGGUAAACUUGUCAGUGCCCAGGCUUUGCAAACCAUGUUUCAGUUAAUGACCCCUAAGCAAAUGUAUGAACAUUUCAAGGGGUAUGAAUAUGUUUCACAUAUCAACUGGAACGAGGACAAGGCAGCAGCAAUUCUGGAAGCCUGGCAGAGGAUGUAUGUUGAGGUUGUUCAUCAAAGUGUUGCACGAAACUCUACUCAGAAGGUGCUUUCCUUUACUACGACCACCCUGGAUGACAUCUUGAAGUCAUUUUCUGAUGUCAGUGCUAUCCGAGUAGCUAGUGGCUACUUACUAAUGCUUGCCUAUGCCUGUUUAACGAUGCUGCGGUGGGACUGUGCCAAGUCUCAGGGUGCUGUGGGGCUGGCAGGAGUCUUGUUGGUUGCACUCUCUGUGGCUGCAGGAUUGGGCCUGUGCUCAUUGAUUGGAAUUUCCUUUAAUGCCGCCACAACUCAGGUUUUGCCUUUUCUUGCUCUUGGAGUUGGUGUAGAUGAUGUUUUCCUUCUGGCACAUGCGUUUAGUGAAACAGGACAGAAUAAGAGAAUUCCGUUUGAGGACAGAACAGGUGAAUGUCUGAAGCGAACAGGAGCAAGUGUAGCCCUUACAUCUAUCAGCAAUGUUACUGCUUUCUUUAUGGCUGCCUUAAUUCCUAUUCCAGCUUUAAGAGCAUUUUCACUCCAAGCAGCAGUUGUGGUGGUGUUCAAUUUUGCUAUGGUUCUGCUGAUUUUCCCUGCUAUCCUGAGCAUGGACCUUUAUCGUCGGGAAGACAGGAGACUGGACAUAUUUUGCUGUUUUACAAGCCCAUGUGUCACUAGAGUGAUUCAGGUUGAGCCUCAAGCAUAUGCAGAAAAUGACAAUACUUGCUACAGUCCUCCACCCCCAUACAGCAGCCACGGUUUUGCACAUGAAACUCAGAUUACAAUGCAGUCCACAGUGCAAUUGCGCACAGAAUAUGAUCCUCACACGCAGGUGUACUACACCACAGCAGAGCCUCGCUCAGAAAUAUCUGUGCAGCCAGUGACAGUGACACAAGAUAACCUGAGCUGCCAGAGCCCAGAAAGCACAAGCUCGACGAGGGAUUUACUUUCCCAAUUCUCAGACUCCAGUAUACAUUGCCUUGAGCAACCCUGUACGAAGUGGACACUCUCAUCUUUUGCAGAAAAGCAUUAUGCUCCAUUCCUCCUGAAACCAAAAGCUAAGAUUAUGGUUAUUUUCCUUUUUCUGGGUUUACUUGGGCUCAGUCUUUAUGGAACUACCCGGGUGAGAGAUGGACUAGAUCUCACAGACAUUGUACCACGGGAAACACGGGAAUAUGACUUUAUUGCUGCACAGUUCAAGUACUUUUCGUUCUACAACAUGUAUAUUGUGACACAGAAAGCAGACUAUCCAAAUGUCCAGCACUUACUUUAUGAACUUCACAGAAGUUUCAGCAAUGUGGCGUAUGUUUUGUUGGAAGAGGAUAGGCAGCUCCCCAAAAUGUGGUUGCACUACUUUCGAGACUGGCUGCAAGGACUUCAGGAUGCAUUUGACAGCGACUGGGAAACUGGGAAGAUAACCUACAACAACUAUAAAAAUGGUUCCGACGAUGCUGUUUUGGCUUACAAGCUCUUGGUACAAACAGGCAACCAUGCAAAGCCCAUUGACAUCAGCCAGUUGACUAAACAGCGUCUGGUGGAUGCGGAUGGAAUCAUUAACCCAAAUGCUUUCUACAUCUACCUGACAGCCUGGGUUAGCAACGACCCUGUGGCCUAUGCUGCCUCGCAAGCCAACAUCCGCCCGCACCGCCCGGAGUGGGUCCAUGACAAAGCAGACUACAUGCCAGAAACACGGCUGAGGAUUCCAGCGGCUGAGCCCAUAGAAUAUGCUCAGUUUCCUUUCUACCUCAAUGGAUUACGUGAAACUUCUGACUUUGUGGAGGCUAUUGAGAAAGUGAGAGCUAUCUGUAAUAACUACACCAGCCUGGGGAUCUCCAGCUACCCAAAUGGUUACCCAUUUCUGUUCUGGGAGCAGUACAUUGGACUUCGUCACUGGCUGCUCUUAUCCAUUAGCGUGGUUUUAGCUUGCACGUUUCUGGUGUGUGCCCUCUUCCUCCUAAACCCCUGGACAGCUGGGAUCAUUGUGGUGGUGCUGGCUCUGAUGACUGUGGAGCUGUUUGGCAUGAUGGGUCUAAUUGGAAUAAAGCUGAGUGCAGUACCUGUGGUUAUCCUGAUUGCUUCUGUUGGCAUUGGUGUGGAAUUCACUGUUCAUGUUGCUUUGGCGUUUUUAACUGCCAUAGGAGACAGGAACCAUAGGGCCGUCCUUGCAUUGGAGCACAUGUUUGCACCAGUGCUGGAUGGGGCUGUGUCCACUCUGCUUGGGGUGUUAAUGCUUGCAGGAUCAGAGUUUGAUUUUAUUGUCAGGUAUUUCUUUGCUGUUUUGGCAAUCCUAACUAUUCUGGGAGUUCUCAAUGGAUUGGUGCUGCUUCCUGUUCUUCUCUCAUUCUUUGGACCAUACCCUGAGGUUUCUCCAGCCAAUGGACAGGACAGAUUGCCCACACCAUCUCCUGAGCCACCCCCUGGUACUGUGAGGUUUGCACUGCCACCUGGCCACACAAAUAAUGCGUCAGAUUCCUCUGAUUCUGAGUACAGCUCUCAAACCACAGUGUCUGGCAUCAGUGAAGAGCUGCAUCAGUACGAGGCCACGCGAGGCCCUGGGGCACCAGUCCAUCAAGUAAUAGUGGAAGCGACUGAGAAUCCUCUCUUUGCAAGAUCCACUGUGGUUCAGCCGGAAGCCAGGCAUCAGCCGAGUCCUCGGCUGCCGCCGAAUCCUGAUCCUGGCGCGCAGCAGCCCUGGCACCAGGGCAGACAGCCCAGAAGGGCGAGGGAAGGGCCGCGACCCCCUCCUUACCGCCCUCGCAGGGACGCCUUUGAGAUUUCUGCGGAAGGGCAGGCGGGGCCCAGCAGCAGGGACCGCCUGGGCCACAAGGCCCGCGCCCACGGCGUGAGGAGCCCGGCGCUGGGCGCGGCCUACUGCCAGCCCAUCACCACCGUGACCGCCUCGGCCUCCGUCACCGUGGCCGUGCACCCCGCCCCGCACGGGCCCGGCUCCCGCGGAGCCGCCUUCCCGGCCCACGAGGGGCGCCGCGAAGCCGGCCACGCGCCCUUCGAGGACCCCCACGUGCCUUUCAACGUGCGCUGCGAGAGGAGGAAUUCUAAAGUAGAAGUUAUAGAGCUGCAAGACGUUGAAUGUGAGGAAAGGAUACCUGGCAACAGCUCACAAUAAGGGUAAUAACUGAAGCAAAGAAGAGGCCAAAGAUGGAUAACUGUAUUCCAGAACUGCUUGAAGACAAGAACUGCUUAAAGUUGUAGAAGAGGACAUGCUGCAUGGGGACAACAGUUCACUGUUACUGUAACCUAUUGUAUUAUUUUGUUAAAUAUUUCUUUUAAGUAUUUAAAAGAUGUACACAUAUGUAAUAUACAAAAGAUCGAUGUAAAGUAGUAUAAUCUGGAGUAAUUUGCCUUCAGGCAAUAGAAUGGGGACAAUAUUGUGUGCUCUUUGUACUUUUUGUACAUUGAUAUCUGUGCCACAACUAAGCUUAAUCUAGUUCUAAAUUUCAGCAUAAGUUGCUGCUGCUUAAAUAUUUUAUAAUUUACUUGUAUAAUUCUAUGCAAAUAUUGCUUAUGUAAUAGGAUUUUUUAAAGGUACAUGUCUGUUUAAAAUAUUUUAAAUUUGCAUAUCACAACCCUGUGGUAGUAUGAAAAGUUACUGUUAACUUUCAAACACGCUAUGCGUGUUAAUUUUUAAAAUAAGCAAAUAUGAAGAAAAGCAAGUUUAUCUGGGAGGCUUAAAUAGACUUAGCUAUGUGCAGGUUUUGUUUUGCUGUGUGUGUCCCAGUGUGCAUCUGGACAUAUGCAUGCUUUUGUGUGUGUGUUCCUGGUGUACUGUAGUUUCUCUUUUACUGUAUGUUAACACUUGGUGGGCUUACAAACCCACUGAUGCUGAUGUGAGUCUGGCUUUCCCUGUUAGUAGGCACUAGUGAAAACUCUGUUGUUUACCAAUAUAUACAACUAUAGACUGCCAUCAUCAAAGGCCCAGCUAAAAUACCAGAGAAGACAGGGAGUUGAGGUUUGGAAUUACGUUUCAGUCCCAAACCCUUAAUGACUUGGAUCACAUGACUUUGAUCAAGUCACUUAACUGCCCCAAGCCUCAAUUUCUCAUUCUGUAAAAUGGUUAUAAUUACACUUACCUACCUCCCAGGAAUGUUGUGAGGUUUAAUUACUGUUCAUGUAGUACUUUCAUUUCUUUUUUUCCCUAGCAAAAUGUGCCAGGUAAGUGCAAGCACUAUAACCAUUAUUUUUUCACUUCCAAAGGUGCUGGAUAUUGAGAGGUGCUGGUGGUUAUAGAAAUACAAUGAGCAUCUGCCUUAUUUUGAUACUGUUAUUUGUGAUUGGCAUUAGAAACUGGAUAAUGAAUUGUUUGAUGGUGAGCCACAGCUUAGCUGAGUCAUAACACCAUUGAAAACAGUAUCUUUGGUCACCUUAUUUUCAUUUUUAAAAUAUAAAUGGCUUUUUCAUGGGCCGGGACAGUAAUGACACAUAAGGCCUGGGUAGUUCUUUUCUCUAUUGUUUGUGUUUUCCCAUGCUGCAUUGGCACUUUUAAUUAUGACAGCUAAACUGGGAUCUCUUUGCGAAACUAAUUUAGCUUUUUGUACUUUUAUUUUUAAACUAAAAGGGGAUUGCUGCAGGUGAAGGGUCUGGAAAAACACUACAAUAUGUAUUCCAGUUGGAAAUAUACCCUAGGAACAAAGAACCUUAAUUUAAAAUAAUGCAACACAAGUUUUCAUUAUCUCUGUCUUCUUUUUUUUUAUUUUUUUUUCUGCCCUUCACCAAGCUGUUUUUUGAGCAGAUAGAUGUUCAGUUUUGUAUUCAGAGCCAAACACAACCAAUAUUCACUUCUUAAACACAGUAGUGGUGGGGCUUUUCCUUAUUUAUACCUGAACAGCAGUGGCCAAUUCUUUGAUGGGAAAGUGUUUUUCUCCAGUGGCUUCAGGGAGUCUAUCUUUGCCCACAGACCUUGCCAGCAAAACAAAUGGGGAUAAUUAGAAUGCACAAAUUUCCAUGCCUUUUUUGCUCACUUGAAAACACUUUGAUAUGAGGCACUUGUUUACAGAUCUCCAAUGUGAACGCUCGAAGAGCAGGUGGCGAGAGCCUGGUGUCAUUCCAGUGAUACAUAAGCUACUGUUUCAGUGCACACCAAGGGUUAAUGUCACAACUGCCUACUAGUCCAGUUCACUGUCUAACAUGAAAACUCUUGAUGACAAAAAGGAUGAGGGGCCCCAAUUUAGCACUAGCAGCAUACAGUGACCUCAGAUCAUACAAACUCUGCAACAAAACUGUAUGAUGCUAAUUGGAAGCUGCCUUCAACCGCCACGCUUAUGUGUCAGUGGUUGGCAGGGCUCCCACUGGCACCGCUCCGUGCCGCAGGCUGCCUUGCUUCCUGCUCUUCCUUCAGGGAGAAGGGGCCCAGGGCAAGCUGCAGUGUCUCCCACCUGCCCAAGUCUUCCUGCAUGCUUGUGUGUGGGUGAGCUGUCCGCUGCUUCGUGCACAAUGUAGACCUUCUUCUUCGAUAGUCACAUUGGCAAGGGGAGAAUUCAGUGGCUGGCAACAUUUAUUUUGUUUUGGUUUUGUUUCUUAACUUUUUUAAUCAUGGGUGAUAUUUAUAUUUUUGUAUCAUAAGAAUGUUUUUCUUACAGUAUUUGUCAUGCCAGUUUAUAACAAACAAAAUGCAGGGAUUUUAUUUCUAUUGGAAACACUAUUACAGUUAUGUUUUUACUGUUUAAUGGAUUUUUAUUUGUAUAGAGUGCUUACUAAUGUUAAAUAGGAAAGAGUAUAUAACAUUUACAUUAUGGACUUGUUGUAGCUUUUAGUGUAAGGAGUUAAAAGGAAAAAAUAUCCAAACUGGGUCUCAUUGCCUGCCUGUUUGGUAGGAGUGGGUUUGUGUCAUUUCAUUUACAAAGAUAAAAUUAUGCCAUAUAAUUUAUUUAUAUGAAAAUUUAUUUUUGUAGUGUACAUAGUAGUCAUCAAGUCUUUCGACAGAAGUAUAUUUUUAAAGAGUUUAUAUGUAAUGAUGAUACCAUUAUGUUUUGGAACACUGCUGAGAUACAAUUACAGUGCACACUUUUCCUUGUAAACCCCCUGGAGAAAAGAAAGUGUUUAACAGUGUUAAGAGAGAAAGAGAGUGUGAAUAUUCAUACAAUUCAGAACUGUGUUUUAGUUACCAUUUGUGAUCUAGUGUGGUUCUCAUUUUAAGCUUUGAAUGGAAAUUGUACAAACUCUCUAAAUAUUAAUGUUCAAACACUGAUAGAAAUUCUAACAUGAAUAAAAAAAUAUUAUAACUUA